CGGCAAGGCCGCAACCACACGCCCACGCUACAAAGACACAAGGAUAUAAGAAUCACCUCUUGCCUUGUCCCUCCCGUUCACUCCGAUGCUCAAUGCCUAACACCAUGUCGACCGAAACUGCACCAUCCAAUCUCACCGUCAACCCUUUGGAAUAUCUCCAGGUCACCCUCAAUCCCGAAGGCACCCUCAACCGCGACUGCUUCAUCUUUCCAGACACCUCCGCCACACCCGAUCCCACCCUGCCCGCCGGUCCAGUCCUCUCCAAGGACGUCCCAAUCAACCCUUCCCACAACACUUGGGCCAGGAUCUUCCUACCCCACCAUGCACGGUCGUGCUCGGCGGAGGAGAAACUCCCCCUCAUAGUUUACUACCAUGGCGGGGGAUUCAUCCUGGGCAGCCCGGCCUCAAAUAUAUUCCACGAGUUCUGCGUCGCUCUGGCCCGCGAACUCUCCACUGUUGUUGUGUCAGUGAAGUACCGCCUCGCCCCGGAGCACCGGCUCCCCUUGGCAUUCGACGACGCGGUGGAGGCGCUGCACUGGGUUAAAAACGCCCGAGACGAGUGGCUCACGGACCAUGCCGAUCUCUCCACGUGCUAUCUCAUGGGCAGCAGCGCGGGCGGCAACCUGGCCUUCCAUGCAGGGCUACGCGCAUCCGCGUCGCAGGAAGACCUGGAGCCGUUGAAAAUACGAGGACUGAUACUUCACCAUCCCUUCUUUGGAGGGACUCAACGGACGCCGUCGGAGCUGAGGCUGGAAAACGACCAGAUGCUGCCGCUGGCGGCCAGCGAUCUCAUGUGGGAGCUGUCGCUACCGCUCGGGGUUAGCCGCGACCACGAGUACUGCAAUUCAGCGGUAUACGGUGGCUCCAAGCUGUCGGAAGGGGUGGAUGAAAUGAGGUCGCUGGGGUGUAGGAUAUUGAUCACCGGCUGCGAUGGAGAUCCGCUGAUUGACCGACAGGUGGAGCUGGCGAAAUUGUUGAAAGAGAAGGGAGCACAUGUGGUGAGUGAUUUCAGUGAGGGUGGAGGUGGAUAUCACGGGAUCGAGUUCAUGGAACCAGACAAGAUCAAGCCUCUGAUCCAGACCUUACAGAGUUUCAUGUCCCCGACAGGGACUGGUCAGGAUCAGGACGUGGCCGGCCCACCGGAUGGAGUCUCCACGCAAAAUGUGGCCUGAGCUUUCUCUUUGGUUAUCACACCGCACGAAAUUAAAUAAUGUUAUUUCUCGUUGGUUUGCAAUUUUCUCUUCCCUUGAGAAUUAUUACUCUAUCUUCAUUUUAUCAUCUGGGAGCCGUGCGGGUGAAAAGCUUCAUUGCUGUCCUGAAGUUGAUUCUUA